UCAUCUUCUUCACCCUUAAUCAUAGAUCCUUGAGGUAAAAUUGGAGAAAACCCGGCCCAUAUGGAAGAGAGCAAAAUGGUGCCGAGGAUUUUUCUCCUGCUGUUACUGUCCCAUUUUUGUGUAGGGAAACAAUAUUAUAUUGUCAUGUUUGACAAUGAUUAUGCGGCGGCGAUGACGGAGGAAUUCGGCGAUGCCGCCGGCGGGUAUUCCGCCACCCUCGCAUCCGUCUCGGAGAGCGCGACCCUGGUGUACACUUACUCCCAAGUCAUGAACGGGUUUUCCGCCCCGAUGACCGCGGCGGAAGCCGCGGUCCUCGGGGGAAAACCCGGGGUUCUGUCCGUGAUCCCCGACCGGGUGUACCAGGUCCAUACGACCCGGACCCCGGUGUUCCUGGAGAUGGACAAGGUCUUGAAUUUGUUUUCCCGGACGCCGUCGACCGGGUACAAUUACAACGCGUCGGCGUUGAGCGAUGUGGUGAUCGGGGUGUUGGAUACCGGCGUUUGGCCGGAGAGCGAGAGCUUCGCCGACGCCGGCAUGCUGGCGGUACCCAGUUCGUGGAGAGGAGGCUGCCAAACUGGCACCAACUUCGGAAAUUCAAGCUGCAACAAAAAGCUCAUAGGCGCAAAGUACUUCUCAAAAGGUUACAAGGCAAUGGCGAAUAAUGCUCGUCCUGAAGAGGAGUCCCUAUCCCCCAGAGACGAUGACGGCCACGGGACCCACACUGGGUCCACAGCGGCGGGCUCUCACGUUCCUGGCGCUAGCCUUUUUGGCUACGCCAGUGGAACAGCUAGCGGGAUGGCCCCGCAAGCGAGGUUAGCAGCCUACAAAGUCUGCUGGAAAAGCGGUUGCAUUGGCUCCGAUAUCUUGGCUGCCAUGGAAGAGGCCAUCAAGGACAACGUCAACAUCCUCUCGUUGUCCCUCGGCGGAACGGGCGGCGCUGCGGGAUACCAAUGGGAUCCCAUCGCCAUCGGAGCUUUCAGCGCCAUGGCGAAGGGUAUCUUCGUGUCGUGCUCUGCGGGAAACAGCGGCCCAACUCAGUUCACACUAUCGAACGUGGCUCCUUGGAUCACCACCGUCGGUGCCGGAACACUGGACCGAGACUUCCCCGCAGACGUCGAGGUCGUCGGAGCGGCAAAGUACCGCGGGGUUUCGAUUUAUAGUGCGAGUAAUAAGUCUCUGCCUCAAAGCGCCACAGGUCGUCCUUUGAUCUAUGCGGGAGAUGCCAGCGGCAACACAACCGCCGGAAAGUUAUGCUUGAAUGGGAGCUUGAUCCCGGAGAAGGUGAGUGGGAAAAUUGUACUUUGCGACCGAGGGAUUAGUGCGAGGGUUGAAAAGGGUUAUGUGGUGAAAGAAGCUGGCGGAAUGGGGAUGGUUUUAGCUAAUGACCAAGCUAGCGGGGAUGGGCUGGUGGUAGAUGCCCACAUUCUCCCCGCUACCUUGGUGGGGUAUAAAGACGGGUUGAACAUUAAAGAUUACUUGAUGAAGAAUAAUGGGAGUGCAAAAGCGACCAUUCUAUUCGGUGGGACCAAGGUAGGAGGGGGGGUUCAACAACCGUCACCGGUCGUUGCGUCUUUCAGCUCCCGGGGCCCGAAUCCUGUCGACCCCCAGAUACUCAAACCCGACCUGAUCGCACCAGGAGUCAACAUAUUGGCCGCUUGGACCGGAAAGGCGGGACCGACCGGUCUACCCAUCGACACCAGACGUGUCAACUUUAGCAUCGAAUCGGGCACAUCCAUGGCCUGUCCCCACGUGAGCGGGAUUGCGGCGGUGCUCAAAGCGGCUCACCGCGACUGGAGCCCCGCCGCCAUCCGGUCUGCGCUCAUGACCACCGCGUACUCCGCCUACCGGGACGGCACCACCGGGCUUGUCGACGCUGCCACGGGCACGCAGGCCACACCUUUUGAUUACGGGUCGGGUCACGUCGACCCGUUAUCAGCCAUCGACCCGGGCCUCGUUUACGACAUCAGCGCAAGAGACUACGCCGAUUCCCUCUGUGCCACGGGAUACGAUCCCAAGAGCAUGAAAGCUAUCACUGGAGGGGGCUACCCCUGUGACCCCAAGAAGAAAAAUAAUGCCGCAGGCGACCUCAACUACCCUUCGUUCGCCGUCGUGUUUGACGCCUCAUUGUCGACAGAAGAAAAGAAGCAAACGAGAACCCUGACCAGCGUUAGGCCGGGCGCAGAAAUGUACACCGCCAUGGUUACCGUGCCGGUGAACAGCUCCGUCAAGGUCGUCGUGAGCCCUAGUGCCCUGAGUUUCAGCGGAAUCGGCGACAAGAAAACGUACACCGUGAGUUUCAUGAGCUUAGCCAAGAAGAAGGUGGCGAAGGGGAUGAUGGAGUCCUAUUUCGGAAGAAUCGAGUGGGUGUCGAAAUCCAAGGACGGAAAGACUAUGACAAGGGUGGCAAGUCCGGUAGCCAUGUCCUGGGAGUAGGCCGCCGGAGAAUAAAAUGCAAGGUAUUCA